AUGGGAAAUACUUGCAACACCUGCAAUUGCGAUGGAAAGGGUGAAGCUACUCCUAAUGAGUUCACUAUUUAGGAUUAAGCUUGGAUGGCCAAAAGUUAAAAUCAUCAAGCGCAGAAUGCUGCUAUUGGAGGUGAACAUAGAAGAAGUUUAUAUGAUUUAGGUGGAAAUCAACAAAAUGGAAAUAAUCAGAGAAGAGGCACUGACAAGGGCAAUAGCUAAAAUUAGAGCAACUCAAUGGGAUCUAGAAUAAAUAGUAAACCUGACAUUACUGAUGAGUAUUUGAAGAAAAACAUUAGAAAAAUCAUUAAGAUUUAAGCAGCUUAUAGAGGGUUCAAGGCUCGUCGUUUGACUUCAAUGUUGCGAUCUAAGCAUAUUGGAUCAAGCAAAUACUUUACUUACGAGGAAUCAAAGGAGACUGUCUCUAAAAAGCGAUAUGACCCUAAUCAGCAAAGAGAGAGAAGACCUCCUUAUACAUUCAAAACAGGUGCUGUUUAUACUGGCUAGUGGAAAGGCGGUUUUAGAGAUGGAGAGGGAGAGUAGAGAUGGCCAGAUGGAGCUAUGUACAUUGGAGAAUGGAGAGAGAAUAGAGCUCACGGCAGAGGUAAAUUCAUCCAUGUUGACGGCGAUAUUUAUGAUGGUUUCUGGGCUAACGACAAGGCCAAUGGGCAUGGUAUUUAUAAACACGUCAAUGGAGCCUAGUAUGAAGGCGAAUGGAAGGAUGAUUUGCAGCAUGGAAGAGGCAUAGAAACCUGGACAGAUGGGUCUAGAUAUGAAGGAAAUUAUUCCUAAGGCAGAAAAGAUGGCAUAGGAACUUACUAGUGGAAUGACUAAUCUCAAUACACUGGUGAUUGGGUUGAAAACAAAAUUAGCGGCAUUGGUAUUUACUCCUGGCUUGAUGGACGUAAUUACGAAGGAGAAUGGAAGAAUAACAAUAUGGAAGGUAUGGGCAUCUACAUUUGGAACGAUGGCCGUAAAUAUGAAGGAGAAUAUAAAGAUGAUAAAAAGCAUGGCUUCGGAGUCUAUACCUGGGCUGAUGGAAGAUGCUAUGAAGGCUACUGGUGGAAGGGUAAGUAGCAUGGUAUCGGUACCUAUGUAGUUCCUAAAGAGGACAAAGUAAAAUACGGUCUCUGGGAGGAUGGAAAGCGUAUUGAAUGGUUUAGUGAGACUGAUGUGCAAAUGAUCAACCAGAGAAAGAAAGACUACACUGAGUACUUCAAGCAGGCUGAUUCUGCUGAAAUGGUUGCUUAAAAUGCUUCGUUCCGCAGACCUCCAAGGUUCGAUGAUAAACUAUCAGAAAUUAAAAUCAAAAUAGCCAAAUUACGCAGUGCAACAAGUGGCUAUUCAGGAUUCACAAAGUAGAGUGCAAUUGGAAGCACUAGAGAGGGAUAUUGA